AGUAUGAAUAUGUUUACACUUCAGUAUCUUUCAAGUUCUUUUCCAUUUCUAUUAUUCUUUGUAUCUUCAUUAAAAAUCUUUACAUAUAUGGAAUGAUUCAUCAUCUAUUCCUUUUGAUCAAGAUUCAAUGUAACUAUAUAAACUUCAUUUAGAUUCAUACAUAACAUGGUCAACUAGUCAAUUGAAGAAACAAACGAAUUAAGUCAUUAUAAGUACGAACACAGUCACUAUCAUCUAUGGCAUCUACAAUCAAUGUUAAAGGACUUGUUGAACAAAUGAAACAUCUUCUUCAAGAUUUAAAAUCAUGCCCGGUAACAGAUAAAUUGAUUACCAAUGAAGAAAAUAUUAUAAGAUUCCUUAAAGCACGUAGUUGGGACUUACAAUCUGCAGAAAAAAUGAUGCGUAAAGAUAUACAAUGGCGCCUAGAAUUUCGACCAGAUCUAACAGACUGUAAAAAUUGUCACAAUCAACCAGGAACUCAUAGUUUAAGACAGAUAGGAUUUGAUGAAGCUGGGCGUCCAAUUAUAUAUGCAUCAUUUUGCCAAGCUAUUUCAAGUAGAAAUAUGUCAAAUGACGCAGUAACUCAUUUAAUAUAUACAAUUGAAAAUGCAAUCAAAAGUAUGAAGUCUGGUGUUACACAAUGGGUUUUUGUAAUUGAUUGCACUGGCAUGACUACAACCAGCUGUCAUCCUCGUCUUGGUUACGAAUGUGCCAAAAUAAUGGCUGAUCAUUAUCCAGAGCGCCUUGGUUUAGCAAUCUGUGUUCAUCCAGGACCUGCAUUCAAAGUUGCUUGGCAAGCAAUUAAACCAUUCUUACCACAGACAACAGUAUCAAAAGUUUGUUUUAUUAGAAGUAAAUCAAAAAUAUUUUCAACAUUUGAACAAUACUUCUCUUCAGAAACGUGUAAUUGGUUAAUGACUGAAGUAAAAUUCAAUAGAUCAAGACAGACAACAACGAAAUACCGACCAUUUUGGUUACCUCCAAAAGAUUCCGAUGAUAAACACGAUCCUAGAGGUGAUCCGAUAUAUGUUCGUGAUUGGCUUGUAUUAAAUCAUCCAACUCAACAUUUACCACAUCCAAAUAUUGUUGAUUAUAUGCUUGGAUGUUUAAAUUCACUUAAUUAUGAAAAUGCAUUAUGCUCUAAUCAUCUGGUUGAUAAUAAUUAUGACUUAACAGAAAAGGGAUUUGGUGAUUUUGAAGAACAUGAAAAUGAUUCUGAUGAGGAAGAACUUACUAAAAUGCUUGCUGCAAAAUUACCAAAAGAAUUUAUGAUUCCUGAAAAUGCAGAAAAGUUAACAUAAAUUAUUAUAUUACAAUAGAAUAUUUAUAUUCUGUUGGCUUGUUCUCAUCUUUUUAACACAUUUGUCAUUUUAUACCACUAAAAGAUAAUAUAUAAAUCAAUAAGAGAUGAGUUCUCAGGGUUGGACAAUGGAAAGUUUUUUGGUAAUAUGGUACUUGAUUUGCAUGUAAUUGGUUUAUUUUUUAAAGAAAAAUUAUUUUUUAAUUUAAGUUUUUAUUAUUUCUCAAAUUAAAAUCUCUUCAUUAAUCAUUUGAAACUUUGACAAUGAUCAAACAGUGCAGUUGAAACAACAGUAUGUUAUUUAUUUAACAUAGUGAAUAAUCGAAUAUAUUCAAC